GACAGUUGACUAUGGUCUUUCAACGAGGUAACAUCGCUAUGCGCUGUUUUGCAGUAUAUUGAUUAAAUAAGUGUAUGAGGUAUUUCCUCAAAAAUGCCUCAAUCAGUGUGACCAAGUGUGACCCAGUGAACCUUGAGACACUUUCCUUAAUCGUGGACAAUCAAAGGAAUUGAUCAGAAAGGUUGUUCCAGACUCUAACGCCUCAAAUCAAGUGCACCCAAAUAAACAAAAGGACAAGUGCUUUAUUCAGGAGUUUGGCCAGAAAAGUAACCAUCGUGUGGAAAAACAACAUGAUUAUCGCUUUUUCACCGAUCGUGACUCAUUAUCACGAUGUGUCAAUCACAGAUAGAAGAUGGAGUCAUUUAAGCAAUUAAUUGAGAAACCUUACAUCACAGAGACACUUUAGACGUAGAAAACUAAUUGGAACAUCACAAGAAGUUUAAAAAAAAAAUAAUAAAACUUAGAUAGUGUUUGAGGCCACUGAAAUAGCUGCCGCCUGAUCAAACAUGGAAUUUUGCUGUGUGUAUCGAAAUAAGCGAUAAAACAUUGGAUUUUUUCUGUCUCAGUGAGAUACAACGGUGGAAGAGAGCGAGAAGUUAUCGCUGAGAACCAUGAGAGGCAGAAGAAUUCCAAUUCCUCUACCAAACACAGGCACAAUGUCGAGAAGACGGAGUUCUUUUUGCCUGAGAACAUCUUUGGUCAUCUUUCUGGUUCUUUUUAUAUUUCUACAGUUACAUAUUAUGAGCUACUCUGAUCCACGAGAAUCACACAUCAAUGAUGUGACAAAUGAUUCAACAGCUGCUAUUUUAUCAAUGGUACCCCCAGUUUUCCACAAGUUCUUAACGGCUAAAGCAAAAAAUGUCAGUCAUGACCACAAUGGUUCAGCGUCAAGUGGUGGUGAAAUGCAAUUUCAUAGUCCAAACAUCAGUGAGAUGAAACGAGCUAUUUUUCGAUACAAUGAAAUGCAAAACGUCAUCAAUGAGGACAUUUUUGGACCCCUACAAAAUGAUUCUGUGAUAAUAGUUGUACAGGUUCACAAGCGCAUAACGUACUUACGGCAUUUAAUUGUAAGUCUAGCACAAGCACGUGACAUCUCAAAGGCACUUCUAAUCUUUUCACACGACCAUUAUGAUGAGGACAUAAAUGAGUUGGUGCAGAGUGUUGAUUUUUGUAAAGUGAUGCAGAUUUUUUAUCCAUACUCCAUACAAACACAUCCUAAUGAAUUUCCGGGAGCUGAUCCACGUGAUUGUCCCAGGGAUAUGAAAAAAGAGCAGGCUCUUAUCAAAAAAUGUAACAAUGCGCUGUAUCCUGAUCUCUAUGGGCACUAUCGUGAAGCAAAGUUUACACAGACAAAGCAUCACUGGUGGUGGAAAGCCAAUAGGGUAUUCAAUGAAUUGGAAGUUACCCGUUUUCAUUCAGGUUUAGUUGUAUUUUUGGAAGAAGAUCACUAUGUAGCUGAAGAUUUUCUCUAUCUAUUGGGCUUAAUGCAGAAAAGAUCCCAUGAUCUCUGCCCUAAAUGCAAUAUUUUGUCUCUGGGGACGUAUCUAAAGACUUUUAAUUAUUACACAUACAGUAAUAAUAAGAGCAACAAAAAAGCUUUUUUUGGGCAAUCACGUGCUGCGGCUGCUUCAAAUUCAAAUGCAAUGGAUCUAAAUACACAUACUAACAACAAUGCAAAUAAUUAUCACGGUGGUGGAGGAAUAUUAAUGGAAAGUAUCCCUGUCACUACUACUGAGAAAUAUUCAGCACAGUGGGGAUACCAAGUUCUCCCAUCUCUGUACUCUAUUUAUCAAAAGGUUGAAGUGACUCCAUGGAUAUCCAGUAAGCAUAAUAUGGGAAUGGCCUUCAAUAGGACCACAUGGAAGGAAAUUGUGAAAUGUGCUGAACAUUUUUGUUCAUAUGAUGACUACAAUUGGGAUUGGUCACUUCAGCAUGUCUCACAACACUGUCUUAAGCAGAAGUUGCAUGUGAUGGUUGUGAAGGGACCAAGAGUCUUUCAUAUUGGUGAAUGUGGUGUUCACCACAAGAAGAACAACUGUGAGUCCAACCAGGUGAUAUCAAAAGUGCAAAAGGUGCUUCACAUAGCCACAAAGGCCAGCCAACUCUUUCCCAAAACCAUUACACUCACGGUAGCGAGUGUAGUGCAGAAGACAAAGCUGAGGAAGGGUAAUGGGGGUUGGGGUGACAAGAGAGAUCAUCUCCUUUGUCUCAAUAUGACUCUGUCCGGAAGAUAAUUUCCCCAGAUAUUCAUCAUUUUACCAAUAAUUUUUUUUUUCAAA